AUUAACGCUGGGACCAAUAUAUUGUACAAUAUUAUUAUUACCUAAGGCUUCCUUCCUUCCUUUCCUCCAUCAUUCCUCAUAAUAUAUUUAUAUAUCACUCUUCAUUUAUAACCAAUUUUCACCAUUGCUUUCUUUCUUUUUGUAACUUUAAUAUGGCUCAUGAAACAACUCAAGUUGGCCCCGAGUCAGGAGAGACCGGGACGAAGGGGGUGAAUCCUAGAGUCGAGAUUGAUACGUCUCAGCCAUUUGAGUCGGUUAAGGAGGCCGUGACUCGGUUCGGUGGAAGUGGUUCAUGGAUUCCUCUUCAUAUUCUUCGACUUGCGGGUCAUGAUGUUGCAGAAAUGGACAUGGAAACAGUAGAAAAACAAGCUAAACAACUAGAAAAAGAACUGAUCAUCAAAGAACAAGAAACACUCGAGGUGCUACGAGAACUUGAGUCAGCAAAAUCAGCCAUGGAAGGCUUAAAAGUCAACCUAAUGAAAGAAUCCUCAUCAAUCCUUAAUUUGAAUCCAGAAUCAGGAGCCACAACACCCGUUGACAAGUCUACGGCUACUAUGACCUUGUGUCCAAUUCCUUUACCUCCUGCAGUCAUCUUGACAGAGCUAAAAGAAGCAAAGUCAAAUCUAAACAAGACCACAAAUGAUCUCGCUAUGAUUCGUGCUUCUGUUGAAUCUUUACACAAAAAAAUGAGAACCCAUAAAGCAAAUUUGGAAGAAAAAGAAGAAGAAACAAAACAUAUGGUUGAAGAAUCGAUUGAUGUUUCAAACGGGCCACAAAAGUUGACAUUUGAAGCACAACAGUUUAGGAAAAUGGAAGAGGCUGCACAAUAUGAGGUGAUUAAAGCGACGUCUGAGAUUGAGCACACGAAAAUAAGUAUAAGAAUGGUGGAAAUGAGGUUGAUUGCUGCUAAAAAGAUGGAAGAAGCUGCAAGAGCUAUGGAAGCUGUGGCUCGAGCAGAGAAUAAUGAUGAUAAUAAAUCUUUGGUUCGUGAAGGAAUAACGCUUUCUUAUGAAGAAUACUCUGCACUUGCUGAAAAGGCACAAAAAGCGGAUGAAGGGUUCAAGAAAAAUGGUUACUAUAGGAAAGACGCUAAUCUGUCUACAAUGGCGUUUUUGAAGAAUGCAAUGGAUCAAACCGAUACUCUUAAAUGCAGCCGAAGGACCCUUGAAGAAGCAUUAGGGCCUAGAACAGAAGCUACAAAUGGAAGAAAUCUGGAAUCAAGAAAUGAGUUUUUUCGGGGAAGAUCAGCUAACCAUCCGAAACCAAGAAACCCAUACCCUUUUCGUACUCCAAGAAGUUAUGCACCAUUGAUAGGGGACGAUUCAAACUUGAUCAACAAAGAAUCACGGCCUGUUUUAAGAUCAAGUGUCUCAAUUGGUGACAUUUUAAGCAGGAAACUAAUUCUGCAAGAUGAUAUAGUCGUUCGAGAUGAUGUUGAAAGACAAACUCAAAGAGAUGAAACGUCUUUAAAUCAAAUGCUUCGUGAACAAAGUGGUCUUAUAUUUCAUGAUUCUGGAAAAGCCGAUAAAGAAGGGAGAAUCGACAAGCAGUUCUUUACCCAGAGAAAGAAAUUUGGUUUCAUUCAUAUCUCGCUACCUUUAACAAAACAUAAGAAGAAAUCGAGUCCUCAAACUCCAGAACCAUUAAACAUGAGGUUUCCUUAGUAUAUUUCUAUCUAAUGAUUUUAAGAUUGUUUAUUAUUCCUAUUAAUUUGGGAGUGAUUUGGGGGUGUUGUGAUUUCUUAUGAGGUGUGUGAUAUAUAUAAGUAUAGUUUCUUGGCUGGCUAACCGUUGGUUUAAAAUUGCUCGGUAUGUCAAGGUCUCAAGGACUUGGAUCCGUAUAUGCUUGUCUCGUUCCUAUCGUGUCGGGUUUGACUAACUUUGUAAAGUCAAAGCCAACUUACAGUGUGUUUUAUAGGAUGUAUCUUUGUUUGGGUGAUUGUAAUUCAUAGAUGCAGAUAUCAUAUGUUGAUUCUAUCUUA